GCUUUAACGUCGGCUCGUUUCGUUGCAUCAUUCACUGUCGUGCGUACGUGCGAGUGUUACUAGUGAUUGUUCUGCAAAAAGUGAUCCGUACAAAAAUGAAAUAUUAAGCUACUAUUCCCCGUAAUAAUUCCAACCAAACACACGUUCGUACCUAGUCCCGGCAUAGCCGAUCCAGCACCGAUCAAUCUCGAUUAAUAAUGCAUCGAUUAAGCAAAGCAGGAAGAAUCGUCUUCCUGAACCGAACGACGGCAGUUUCCAGCAUAUCCGCCUACCGGUUACAGAAUGCCACCCUCCAAUGCACGGCGUGUUACUCAUCCCGACGGCCCGGGUUUUUCUCCCAAGUUCUGGACAACAUCAAAAACGAAAUGGAAAAAAAUAAGGAGAUGAAGGACAAUCUGAAAAAGUUCCGCGAGGAAGCACAAAAACUAGAGGAAUCCGAAGCACUGAAGGCAGCGCGGCAAAAGUUUAACACCGUCGAAUCGGAAGCUUCCAAAGGUAGUGAAGUGUUGAAGGAAAACCUGGACAAGAUUCGGGGGAAGGUGUCGGAAGUGUUGGACGAAGCGGCAAGGACCGAUAUCGCACGAAAGGCCGGUCGGAUCGGGGAGGAGAUUGGCAAAACUGCCAAAGGCAUGGGUGAAACUAUAGCGGAAAAAGGUCAAGAGUUGGGUAAGAGUGGUGCCUUCCGGGGGAUCAGUGAGGCUACCAAGGCUGUACGGCAGGAAAUCGAUAGUCAGGGAAUCGGAGCGAGGGUUUACCGGGCACCGGAACAGCUUAGAAAAAGGGUGGAAGUUAAUUUGGCCGAUGCGUCGCGUGUCUUCGAAGCCAAUACCGAUGCGCUGGGUAUGGAGCUGCACAAGGAUAGUAAGUUCUAUCAGAGCUGGGAGGAUUUUAAGAAUAACAACGCCUACGUGAACAAGAUGAUGUCCUGGAAGAUGAAGUAUGACGAGUCGGAGAAUCCCAUGAUUCGAGCUUCGAGAUUGCUGACGGACAAAAUGAGCGACGUGAUGGGCAACCUGUUCUCGAAAACGGAACUGUCGGAAACGUUAACCGAGAUCUGCAAAAUCGAUCCGAAUUUCGAGCAGAAACAGUUUCUGCGUGAUUGCGAAAACGACUUUAUCCCGAACAUUCUGGAGGCGAUGGUUCGCGGUGAUUUGGAAGUACUGAAAGAUUGGUGUUUCGAGAGUACCUAUAACAUCAUAGCGACACCGAUCGCACAGGCACAGAAGGCCGGUUUCUUCCUGGAUUCUAAAAUUUUGGACAUUGAAAAUGUGGAUCUUGCGAUGGGAAAGGUGAUGGAGCAAGGUCCGGUGCUGAUUAUUACCUUCCAGACGCAGCAGAUUAUGUGCGUGCGGGACAGCAAGAACAAUGUGGUGGAAGGCGAUCCGGAGAAGGUGAUGCGAUGCAACUACGUGUGGGUUCUGUGUCGGGAUCCGAACGAACUGAAUCCCAAAUCGGCGUGGCGGUUGAUGGAACUGCAGGCGAAUAGUAUAGAGCAGUUUGUUUGAGAUGGUUUAAUCGGAUGGUGGUUAGAUACAGGGGAAAUCAAACGCAGACGGUUGUUCGUUACGUUGGUUUGCGUUUUGAGGAACCGUUUUUGAAACUCAUCGCCGCCGGGUGGUGACUUUUCUGUCUUGCGUUUAUCAACGUUAGUCAAGAUGGAAAAUCGUGUCACCGUCCAUAGGGGGGAAGUAUGAUCGUGCCGAAGGACGGGAGUAACGUUAAGUUGCAUUUUAAUAUAUAAAUAUUAGAACCGUGAAUCGAUGGUAAUAAAUGAGUUUUUUCAUUUGUUGAUAAA